CCACCACCGCUAUUUUUUUAUAAUUAUUUAGCCUCCUUUUUCUUCUAUAAAUUCCAACUCCUUGCGGUGCCGAAAACUUCCCCUCCUCUCCUCUUCUCAAAUCUUUCUACCGUUCCUGUUUCCCUACCUUUCCCUCCUCUCCCCUUCUCUCUUUUCCCUACUGGUGCCCUCUGUUCCCAUAUUUUUUUAGGAUUCCGAUCUCGGGAACUGGCUUACUCGAUUCAAAAUCGAGAAACCAUCCCCCGAAUCGGGUCCUCUCGCUGCUGCGUUGCUUCGGUUGGUGGAAAGGUCCCUCUUUUUAGGCUCAUUCUCACGCCAUUUUAUCAAAGGCGACCCUGUUCUUGUGCCUGUGAAGGAGUUUCCUUGAAACCUUCUCUAAAGAUUGGAUUUUUAGGGUCCAAAAUCGAAUAUCCAUCUCAAAAAUCGGAGGCUCUGGUUCCAAAAUCCGAUCUUUGGUUUGAGUUUUUUUUUUUUUUUUAAAACCGAAAAAUCUCUCCUUUCUGCCUCCUGUUAUCUUUUCUUGAAUUUUCUUCUCUCCUAUUUCACAUGCUGGAUCUGUUCAUCUUAAUAUUCCUAAUUGAUGUCACCUAUCCUAAGUGAAAUCCUCCUCUCAGGGUUUAUGAUAAGUUCCUCACUUCGACGCCGGACGCACUUGGUUCAAUCCUUCUCCGUAGUCUUCCUCUACUGGUUCUACGUUUUCUCAUGAACUUGUUUUGAAAUCAGAGCUAUUAUAUAUCUAUAUUAGUCCAUAAGCUAUCUAUCUAUCUAUCUAUCUAUUAUAUAUAAUCUCUUUCUUUAUAUUCUCAUAAUUUGCCUAUCUAGUCUUUCCUGAAUCACCAUCUCUAAAGAACUACUGAAUAGCUCUCCCUCGUUGUAUAUAAAUUAUUAAUGGCUUCUUCCAGUGGCACUUCUUCCGGAUCCAGCCAGCUUCCUAAUUCUGGCUCCGAGGAGGACUUGCAGGCUUUGAUGCAUCAGAGGAAGCAGAAGAGAAUGCUGUCGAACCGGGAGUCAGCACGGCGGUCCCGGAUGCGGAAACAGAAGCAUUUGGAUGAUCUCAUGGCCCAAGUUGGCCAUUUGAUGAAGGAGAACAGCCAGAUCCUCGCAGCUCUCAACACCACAACACAGCGUUACUUGGGUAUGGAGGCUGACAACUCUGUGCUCAGGACCCAGAUGACGGAGCUGAGCACCAGGCUUCAAUCCCUAAAUGAGGUCCUAUACUACAUGAAUUGUGGUGGUAACCAUGGCUUUGGGCCCAACGAUGACAGCUUCACGAGGCCAUGGAGCUUGAUGGCUGAGAACAGCCAGCCCAUCAUGGCCUCGGUUGACAUGUUUCAGUACCGUUAGACGAAGCCAAUAGGGACCCAAAGGAGGGGCCCUUGGCUUUGCCUCUUGGUUUUGGUUAGUGGUGCUUGUGAUGGAUGGUCCUACGUUUCUAGUUCUUUUUUAGGUGGACCUGCCUUUGGUGUUCGCUCAGCCUUUUUGUGCCGUUGAGUGGGCGAAGGACGAUAUUUUAGUCUAUUUGGAGCUUUUGGGGACCAGGGAGUUGACGGGGGGAAAGUUUGAAAGCCAUGAACUGUGUGGUGUAGUGGUUUGAUCACUAGGUUUCUCUGGUCUGUGUGUGGGUUACAUUACUUAAUUAUGCGUUGAAGGCUAUAAAUGUAUUUGGUCUCUCCGUUGUUAAUAAUAAUAUAAUAAUGACUGCUAGUAGUGCUUUAAAGUUCAAA